AUGUUGAGAAAAGGCAUAUCAAAGGGGAAAUUAUUGGCAGAUCUUAGCAUGUUGAUGAAACGUGGAAAAAUUGCCGGCAAGGCAAUUCAAAAUCUCAUGUUCCACCAAUGGUCCGCCGCCUCCGGACGCCGCCCACACAACCGCAAUCUGUCGUUCCCUGUCUCAAUCACUGAAUACGAGUUUAGUUGCAGUAACAGCCCUGCUUAUCCCAAUUUCCAUAUCCCCUUUAAUCUCAACAAGCUCAAACACAGCAGGCACCGCCGCGUCCACGCCCCACCCAUGGCCGACGAUUUUGCGAUUGCUAAUGAGUUGGUGAAAGCCUUGGAGAUGCUCCACAGCGAGGCGGCGUCACCGGCCUUGCCAGGGUUCGGGAAGAGCCCUAUGGUGAGGCAACUCAGGAUUACAGAUUCUCCAUUUCCAUUGAGGGAUACCGAAGAGGAUAAUCACGUAGAUGAAGCUGCUGAGAAGUUCAUGAUGAUGUUCUAUAAGGAUUUGAAAAAGCAAAAUGGAAUGGCUUACUUUGGAUAA